GUCUACGGAAGUAAGGUGUGCGCAUGCGCAGAUACAUUCCAGAGACUUCGGAGCAGAGACCAAAACACAGAAGAAGUAUCUUCUCUUCAGCGGCAGUUCUUCAUUUUGUGCAGCCUGUCCGAGCUGCAGUCAUGGUGUGCAUCCCCUGUAUUGUGAUUCCUGUCCUGUUGUGGGUCUACAAGAGGUUCCUGGAGCCGUUCAUCUAUCCUUUCAUUUCACCAAUUAUUAAUAGAUUCUGGACCAAAAAAGCCGUCCAGGAGACUGCGACUAGCGACCAAAAAGUUAGCGAAAAGAGUAAUGGCACUUGUGAGCCUGAAAGCAACAGUGAGGCCACUGCCAAUGGAUCCACGAUAGCAGCAGAUAAGAAGACAGAUUAAUAGCUCUAAAUUAUUAUAAUGCAUCUAAAACAGUGUAAAUAUUCCAUUACUAUAAUGUAGAGAAAAUAUGAAUUAACUUAUAAUACUUCUUUGAAUGGAUUGUUUUUUAAUAUAUAUAAUCGGAUCAUGUUUAACAUUUAUUUCAUUCAGUUGUACUUAUUGUUGAAAUAUGUUCCUUGUUAUGCAUUUAAUUUGUUGAUUAUUCACUCAACAGAAUAUUUUUUCAAGUCAAAUUUCCAGUUUAAUGAAUGAAUAAAAUAAAAACUUCAAAUAGAAAAA